AUCCAUCGCCGUCGCCCCCCACACCCGCGUCACCGCCCUCCCUCGUCGCCGCCGACCGAACGAGACACCCCACGAGCUCCCGCGCGGGUUCAUGUCCAUCCCCCCACGCGAACGCACCGGAGGAUCCUAUUACCCGCGCCCGCCCAACCCUAGCCCUAGCCUCCAACAUGGCAGCGACCGACGCCGCUACAGCCGCCGCUCCCCUCCGGCAUCCGUCUCGCCGCCCGCCGCCGGAGGGAGCAGCGCGAGCUCCGACUCAAUGGUUCCAGGUAUCAGAGAAUCUAUUAAUGCUUCCGAAAAGGUAGUUGGAUUUAUAAUCUCCGGUGAAGAAAAUGGUUCAUGUACUCAAGAGGUUGGCAAUAUUUCUGAAUGCCACUCUUCUGAACAGGGGAAUUUGAGUUUCCCUGUAGAUAAUGUUGGCUCAUUUCGGGCAUAUCCUGAGAGAUCUGAAAUGGUUGGAUCCCUUCAGAUGAACCAUUUGGCUACAGGUUCUACUGGACUUCAGGGUAAUGCAACUCAGAUGGCUGCUAGGAAGAAUCAGGCCGUGAAUGCUAAUCAUCUGCUGAAUUUCCAAUAUGAUCCUAUUUCUCGGCCACAGCUCAGAGGCCCUAGAACAUAUCCUCCGAGAAGACAAAGGAAGAUCAAACCUUACAACAAGGACCUAUUUCUCCAAGCAAAUUAUAAGUUUGUUGUGUUGGAUACUGGAAAUUACCAGAUUGAAUCAAUGGAUCCGGAUAAGAUGCUCCAGUGGGAUGAUAUUAUCUGUGUCAGAUACUGUAGCCCCUCUGAGGUUCUAUGCCCUAUUUGCUUGGAGAGCCCAUUAUGCCCACAGAUUACAUCAUGUGGCCAUAUAUAUUGCUUUCCAUGCAUUUUACGUUAUCUAAUAAUGGGCAAAGAGGACUACAGAGGUGAGUGCUGGAAGAAGUGCCCACUGUGUUUUAUGAUGGUAUCAACAAAAGAGUUGUAUACCAUAUAUAUUACUCAAGUUCAGCAUUUCCGUGCUGGUGACGUUGCAACAUUUACACUUCUGAGCCGGUCAAGAAAUUCGCUCACUCCUUCUGUUAAAAGCAGCUCUAGUGAAUGCACUUCAGCAGAUGAAGAUCCAUGCAAUGUUUUCUCCAAGUUUAUUUUGACAUCUGAUGUGGAGUUAUCUGUUCGAGAGGCAAAAUCGGAUCUUAUAAAUUGGUUGCAUUUAGCUGAUUUAGGCCUUGUUGAUGACUUGGAGAAACUUCCAUAUGUUUCUGCUGCUUUGGAACAGCUGGAAGAAAGGAUGAAAUAUUGGACUGAAUACAGAAAUUAUGGUAGCAGACCGCCUUUACAAGAUAGCCUCUCUCCUGGAUCUAGUUACAAAUCAAGAAACUCUUUUGAUGUGCAUACUUCACACCAGAACAAUAGGCACAAACUCUCCCUUAUUUCAGGUGGAGAUAUGAUCGCUGGUAUUUCAGUGCUCGCCAUGUCCUCCGAGUCAAAUAAAAACUCCGAUAAAGGAAUGCAAUCCAAAAUGGAUGAGAAAUGUACCACCCUCAUUGAUUCAAAUGAAAAUGACUCAUACACAUUUUACCAGGUGUCUGAUGGCCAACACCUAAUUCUUCAUCCACUAAACAUGAGAUGCGUUCUAAAUCAUUACGGAGGCUCUGAUAUGCUCCCACCUAGAAUAACUGGAAAAAUCUUGGAGUUGGAAACUGUAACACAGUCUGAGGCUACAAGGAAGCGCUAUCGUUUUUUGAGCCACUUCUCAUUAACAACUACAUUCCAGUUCUGCGAAAUCGACCUGAGUGAUGUACUACCUCCUAACUCAUUGGUUUCUUUCAUGGAUGAAAUCAAGAAGCGUGAGAAACAGAGAAAACGAACUGCCAAGAAGGAAGAAAGUGAGAGAGUGAAGGCUGAAGUUGCUGCCGCUGUGCAGGCAUCUGCAAUGUUGUUUGAGCAUACAAACUUCUCUCAGAGUCACAACGAUGUCAUGUUCUCACUGGAUGACUUCGAAGCUCUGGGAAACAAUGCUGGACCAUCCACAAGUCCACCAGCCAGUGAAAGAAAGCUUUUCUCUGACGUAACACGCCUGGGCUUUGCAUCUGCUCAAGACUCGCCUCCGCUAAGAGUUGAAACUGGGGAUGCAAGUGGUAAAAAUGAAAGCACCAGAGACCAAGGGUCGUCGGCAACACCUGCAUUAUCAUUUGCCAGCAUCAUAUCCUCCACUAGAGCUGCCGAGGGCAACAGCUCGGAGAUGCAUAAACCAAAUGGCGGCGGGAAGAAAGGCAAGAAACCAACUAGAGUACUCUUGUCAACGGGCGGCGGCCGCCGAUACUGAAGGGGUAUAUACACUGGUAACGAACACUUUGGUUUUUUUCCAUAGUAGCUCAAAGCAAUGUGUAUAGUGCAUAAUAUGGACUGCGCCUGUAACACUCAAGUAGCAGUUGUCUUUUCUGUUCGUUUGUUUCUCUUUUGCACCUUCGUUUGCAUGGGGUUCGCGCUUUGUGUACCUACAUCCUGACCCAUGCUUAAGGUUAACUGCUCUGGAGCCAAGUGCAGAGAGAAUGAGUCAUGGAACUUGAUAUAUAAUAAUGACGUCUGGAUAGCAUAUGGACAUUCAAGAGAUUUCUUGA